AGCGAGGUGAGAGUUAGGAUAUAUCCACUGGAGAUUAGGGGGAUUAGGACCAGUCGAGAAGGUUUCGUGAAGCGAGCAUCAUGUCUUCGGUAAACCAGUAUUUAGCCUUCUUCCUCGUCACGUUGGCCCUCGUGGGCCGAUCAUCUUGCGGUACAGCCUUUUCCCACGUCUUUCAAUCGACGCCGGACUACACGAUAUCCCACAAGCAUUUCCACGAUCACGCUGCCCUGGCGGAGCCCUUCCUCCUGUCGAAAACUCAACCGGAGCCUUCGUCGCCGUACUCGACUCUAACUGCUGCGAACAAUGAGGGACUCGGACCGUUGUACGUAAAUCAACCUGAAUAUUACUCGGCCCAGGAAGAGCCCCGAGCUACAGUUCAGGUGGAGAAGCAGAAACAGGACGACCUUCCACCGGGAUACACGUCCCUCCCGGCGAUGAUCAACAUACCACCGGGCUACCAGCUGUUUCGUAGAAAUCCCCAGUACUAUCGAUAGAUGAUCGUGAAAGUUGCACAAUGCGUGUAUGGAUGUGGGUGACAACAUCGUCUUUUGUACAUAGAAGCG